AUGAGCGGUUUAGUAAGAACAGCACACAGAGUUAUGCAGAGUUGCAUAAAAAACUCUGGACUCACCGGAGCUAUAGUGUGCAGGACUCAAGCUCCCGUAAAGCGUGACUUCACUAGAGGAAUAUGGCACAUGAGUUGUUCAAAGAGGAUGGAUAGCUCGUACACAUCAGAUCUUCUAAAAAAUCACUCCAACACAUGCAGUUGCGGCUGUGGUCUCAAAGCUCUUCAUACUAAAGACCAACAAGACGAAAAAUCUCCAAAUCCUAAACCCCUGGGUGAACGGGAACUAGUAGAGUUUCUUACAGAGGAGAUAGUCGCUGAACGUAAAGCUCAGAAGGUGAAAACACUUCCCGGUGAAGUGGAAGGCUUCAAGGUUCAGGGAGAUGGUGCCGAGGUCGUACUCACUAAGCAGUUGAAAGAUGAGAUUGUUAGAAUAACAUUCAAUGUGAACCACACAGUGGAUACAGAAGAUUUUGGCGAUGAAUCCCAGCAGGAGAAGCAGGAGUUCUCUGAAAUGAGAUCCAAACCGCAGUUUGAAGUGGACCUUGUACGUGGUGAUACCACUCUCGGCUUCACCUGUUCUUUCCUUCAGGACCAACCAUCAGCCGGUGCCGAUGAAUAUAAUGACAUCUUUGGUAUCGAUGAGGUGACUUUAUACAAGGGGGAAUGGUCGGACAAAGUGUAUGCCGUCGCUGGUGAUGUGCUCGAUGGGUAUCUCUAUGAUCUUUUGAUGAAUCUUCUUGAAGAAAAGGGUAUCAGCAAUGACUUUGUGCAAAAAUUAUCUGACUUCAGCACAGCAUAUGAACACACAGCUUACAUCAAUCUGUUAGAGGGUAUCUCAAAGUUUACUAUUGGAAAACAAUAA